UGGGGGAGUUAUCUAAAUUUUUAGUUUUACAAAAAUCUAGCUCACUGAAGGCACAAAAAUAGGUUGUAGAAACAGGACACCCAGACACACGAAUACACUUUUACACGAGACGCCUAAGGACGAGACAUACGAAGACUGAACACACAGAAAGACUGACAAUAUGGUACAGCAGAAGCUCGAUACGACGGACAGUGGUCUGCAGAGUGGCGAGAGCGAGCCACCGUCGUCCUUCAGCCCGGACGAGGAUGGGGAGCCGGAUCUGUGUGCUUUUUGCCUGGACCGCAUCCAGGAUCCGGAGAAGCUGCACUGCAACCACGCCUUCUGCAGGCGCUGCCUCGAGAUGUACCUAGAGGCCCGCAGCUGGGUGGCCAAGCGCUGUCCAAUCUGCCGCAGGAGCCUGGAGGAGCAGGUGUCCAGGCAGUUCAAUGACGACUGGCGCCUGUUCGGCUUCAUGAUGGUACUGCUGAUGCUGCUCAGCCUGGGCCCGUUUUACUUGCUGCUGCUCUACUGGUGAACUCCUGUGCCGCCGGAGCAGCACCUGAUUUACGAAAAUCUGUAUAUUUGUACUUAGAUAGACGCACGAGAGAUGUAUGCAAACUUGUCCGUGGAUUUUAAUUAAACUCGCAAGCCAUAAAAUGCGA